CUGAUUAGAAUUGUGUGACUGGGUCGUUGGGAGCUGUCAGACAACGCAGGCUGGGGGUCGGCGGAAGACUAGAAUUUAUUCCCAGCUGUGUGAACUGACUGCAGUCGCCAAAAUGUUCGAGGAGGCGAGCGAAGUGUUCGAUAACAUGUUCAAAUCCUCAUUUCCUCUUACAUUUAUAGUGUUUAUCCCCGCGGUGCUCAUCCUGGUGUCGCCGCUCCCGGCCGAAGCAGCACAUGAGUUCACGGUGUAUCGCAUGCAGCAGUAUGACCUGCAGGGACAGCCCUACGGCACCAGAAACGCCAUCCUGAACACCGAGGCCCGUACUGUUGAGGCGGAGGUACUAAGUCGCCGCUGUGUCAUCAUGCGGCUGGCGGACUUCUCCUACGACAAGUAUCAGAAAGCCUUGCGUCAGUCGGCGGGGGCGGUGGUCAUUGUCCUGCCCCAAAACAUGUCCACCAUGCCCCAGGACAUCGUGCAGCAAUUCAUGGAGCUUGAGCCGGAGAUGUUGUCCACUGAGACCAUCGUCCCCGUCUACUUUGCCAUGGAGGAUGACGAGCUGCUGUCUAUCUACACCCAAACCCUGACCUCCUCCUCCUCGCAGGGAUCUCUGUCUGCAGCAGAAGUGCUGCUGCACACAGCCACUGCAAAUGGCUUUCAGAUGGUCACCAGUGGUGCUCAGAGCAAAGCCAUGAGCGACUGGGCCAUCACCAGUCUGGAGGGGCGCCUGGCUGGCGUCGGAGGAGAGGACCUGCCCACAAUAGUCGUGGUGGCCCAUUAUGACUCCUUUGGGAUCGCUCCGUGGCUGUCGUAUGGCGCCGACUCAAAUGGCAGCGGCGUGUCCAUGCUACUGGAGCUGGCCCGCCUCUUCUCCAAACUCUACACCUACAAGAGGACGCAUGCCGGAUACAACUUGCUGUUCUUUGUGUCCGGUGGAGGGAAGUUCAACUACCAGGGCACCAAACGCUGGCUAGAAGACCAUCUGGACCACACAGACUCCAGCCUGCUGCAGGACAAUGUGGCCUUUGUGUUGUGUCUCGACACUUUGGGCAACGGAGACGCUCUGCACCUGCACGUGUCCAAACCUCCCAAAGAGGGAACUCCUCAGUACACUUUGCUCAAGGAGCUGGAGAUGGUUGCCGGCAGCCAGUACCCGGGGCUCAAGUUCUCCAUGGUCCACAAGAAAAUCAACCUGGCCGAUGACAUGCUGGCCUGGGAGCACGAGCGCUUCGGGAUCCGCCGCCUGCCGGCCUUCACGCUCUCCCACCUGCCCUCGCACCGCCUGGCGCAGCGCUCCAGCAUCAUGGACGUGCGGUCAGUGUCCCCCUUUCCUCGCCACGGAGCAGGAGAGCCCCCUGCUGGGCCUCAUGUUGACAUCCAGAAGCUCAGCAGGAACACCAAAGUGGUGGCAGAGGCUCUCGCCCGAGUCAUCUACAACCUCACAGAAAAGGGAGCUCCCAGUCACCUGCAGAUCUUCACCGAGCAAAUGGUCCAAGAGGAGCACCUGGCCGCCGUGGUGGACUGGCUCACGGCGCAGCCCCGAGCCGCCCAGCUGGUGGACAAGGACAGCAGCGUGGUGUCCACCUUGGAGUACCACCUGGGACGCUACCUCAAGGAUGUGAAGAAACACUACGUCAAAGCAGACAAAAGGGAUCCAGAGUUUGUGUUCUAUGAUCAGCUCAAGCAGACCAUGAAUGCAUACAGAGUAAAGCCGGCCAUCUUUGAUCUGCUGCUGGCCGUCUGCAUCGCUGCUUACCUGGGCACCAUGUACCUGGCCAUACAGAACUUUGGCGUGUUGUACAGCGUGGCCCGUAGAGUCACACAACCCAAAACCAAGACCAACUAAAGACCCCUAAAGACCCCACAGCUUCUCAGCCCACAAACUCUACUUAUUUUUAUUUUUUACUCUAUUUUAUUGGGACGCUCUCAGGAUGCUCCUCCCUCCCCCUCCCACCCAACACCUCUGCUGCACACCAGCAAUGAUGUCACAUCCUGUCCUUGCUGCCAACACCCCCACCCCUCUUCUUUUUUCCCCAUACAAGACAGGGGUGUCCAAAGUGCACCAUGGGGGCCACCUACAGCGAAGAACAAACUGACAGUUUCAUACGUAGAGUAGAAUUCAUAAUAAUAUGUUUUACCAAACAGGAAACGUAUACAAAUAUUCUUGGAUAUUUUUUUUUUGUCACCAAGCGACCCUCCGUGGCAAAAGUUUGGGCGCCCCUGAUCCAGCAAGUCUGUCCUCCGUAAAUAUUCAUAUUAUUAAUGUCCGUGUCUUCCAUUGCGUUUAGCUCAGCCCCACACUUUUUAUGGUCAAUAUGAGACAAACCUCCAUCAUUGAAUAUCUCUCCUGUGUGGGAUAGAGACUACCGCUCAAAGGUUUGGACUCGCAUACCACGUACCACAAGGGUCUCUAAACUUUUGACCGGUAGAGUAACUUUAAGAGACGGCAUGAACCAUUCUCACUAAUGAAUAACAUCAAAUGUUUGUAUACACUAAAAUGAUCAAGUGUCCCUAAACUUUUGACCGGUAGUACACUCUGGUGUCCCAGGACUUUUGACUGGCACACUGGUGUCCCAGGACUUUUGACUGGCACACUGGUGUCCCAGGACUUUUGACUGGCACACUGGUGUCCCAGGACUUUUGACUGGCACGCUGGUGUCCCAGGACUUUUGACUGGUACGCUGGUGUCCCAGGACUUUUGACUGGUACGCUGGUGUCCCAGGACUUUUGACUGGUACGCUGGUGUCCCAGGACUUUUGACUGGCACGCUGGUGUCCCAGGACUUUUGACUGGCACGCUGGUGUCCCAGGACUUUUGACUGGCACGCUGGUGUCCCAGGACUUUUGACUGGCACGCUGGUGUCCCAGGACUUUUGACUGGCGCGCUGGUUCACUGGUGUCCCCGGACUUUUAACUGGUACGCUGGUGUCUCCGGACCUUUGACUGGUACUGGUACGCUGGUGGCCCAGGACCUUUUGACUGGUACUGGUACGCUGGUGGCCCAGGACCUUUUGACUGGUACUGGUACGCUGGUGGCCCAGGACCU